AUGCUGGCAAGGUCCAAAUCACUACAGAAUUACAGAUAUGGCGGGUUGAGAUACGGAAGAUGCGAUGAUGAAUGGGAAGAUGUAUCGCCGGUGUCGUGGAGGUAUAGGGCGGAGGAGAGAGAAGAAGAAGAGAAGUCGCCGGCACACCCACGAUUCAUCUCCAUUGGUCACGUGCACGGGUCAACUUCGCGUGCAGGCUUGGCGCGUCAACAUCUGGAGAAUCGCGAUAUCCUCUCACUUCAGCAGAGAUCGGCAUACAUUCUAGCAAUGGCUCUCAAUAACUCCAAACGGAGUUACGAGAGUUUCUCCGAGCACUUGGGGUCAUCUUCCAUCUUUUCCGAGCCCAGCCAAGCCUUCAAACGGCCACGAGCAAACAUCGAACCUUCGCUAUGGAAUCAGAUUCUUUCGCUCCCUCAUACCACAAUCCAGAGCCUGCUAUACCAGAUAUGCAGCGCCAACCCGUCUCUUUCGUCUUUUGUGACGUCUGCGCACGAUGCACGCGUUGCUGAAGAAGCAGCAAGACCGCCUGUCAACUUCGAUAAUUACAGCAGGGAUUGCUGGUACACCAUGAAUAAGAAGUACAAGCGACUCUCUUGCGGGAAGCAAUUUGAGAUGAUGGGCGAUAUCUGCCAGGUAUUGGAUGAGAGUCGAGAUGCUAUCGUUGACGCCGCUGGAGCUGAUGUGCGCUGGGAGACGAGACGGAAUGCCCUCGAGGCACUCCGAAAGAUAUGCAAGAGUAUUAUGCUAUGCGACGAACCACAAAUCCGACAUGAGCUAAUGAAAGACGGAUACAUGCUGGGACAAUUCGCAGACAGUAUGCAGGAACUAGCCAGAGGCAUGACCAAAGAAGAGAGAAAGUGGUAUAAACAAGAAGGGCUGUACGAGAAGCUCCUGGAACUCCACCAGGAAUGCGACCCUAUAGAAAUGGAAGGCUUGCCGAUAGUAUACAAGAUUUUUGAUGGUGUUGAAGACGAUGAGGGCGAUGAGGAGGACGAAGAGGAAGGUGGUGAGCAAGAAGAGGACGAAUAUGAAGACCAAGACUGCGAAGCAGACGUUAUUGACGAUACAUAUGAACAUAACGACGAUCAGACUGGAGACGAAGAACUAAUCCUAGAAGAGAAAGGCGAGCCUCGGAGUACUGUCGAUUCUACUCUGGAAAAGCCAGAUCACGGCUCGUCUGCCCUCAAAUUACUCCAACAUCUGACCGAGCCGUCUCACACUCACCGGACAAAGGUUUUCAGCAUUGGGGAGUUAUCUUAA